GGUGGGGUAAGGAAAGAGAGAGAGAUAGAGAGCGUGAGCGACAAGACAACACACAGGCGAGCAAGAGCAUCACCCUGCAUCCCAGACACUCACACCCAGUAUGAACAUGUCCAGCAGUUCUGCUCUGAUCCAGCAGAUCUAUCCCUUUCACGACGGCUGGAAUGUUGCCUGCUUCAUCAUCCUCCUCCUCUUCAUCCUCACCAUCCUCUCCCUCGCCACACUGGCGUUCCUCUAUGAGCUGCUGGACUGCGCAUGUUUCACCAAAACCAAAACCGUCCGUGACCUGCGCCGCCAGCAAGACGAGGUGGUUUAGUUGUGACCAUGGUGACAGCGGACACGGUCUCCAUAGGAACCACAACAGUAGAUUGGUGGAAAAGGCUGCAGGUUUGGACGGAGCUCAUCGUCAGAUUGGAGUCCCUUAAAACACGCCAGACACAUACAGAGACAGAAGCCCUCUACUCCCACAGCAGUACGCAGCACAGGUGUCUCCAUGGCUUCAAAUAUUACAUUUAGACCAGAAAUAGAGGGAAAAACUUGCUUGCUUAUUGUCUCCUUAUAGUCUGCAUUCAGUAUUCCGGUACUAUUGUGUAAUGAAACUGUAUAUAACACUGUAUUUUAUGAAAUGUGUUUCCAUGAAUUGUUCCCUUUGUGUGGGAUGACAAAGUCUACAUGUCAGUAUUAUAGAAUUAAUAUUCUACAUCCAUUAUGAUUCUACUUCUAAAGAUGAUGUUUGUAUGUGUACGUUUACAUUCACUUUAAGUUGAGAUUUAAUAUAUGAAUAAUGAAAGUUCUAUCUACAUCAAGAAGCACACUAAAGGCCAAUUAUUGCAUCUUUGCAAUGCCUUAAAAUUGUGUAUUUAAAAUUAUAUAAUAAAAAAAAAUCAUACAAGCAUGAGAAAUGUGUGGUUCCCAUCAGGGUCACAGAAGAUAUGAUCAGCUGCUAGCAGUAAACUGAAAUCUGUCUUCAUGCUCAAAAACGUGCAGAAACAGGCCUGUGCUGGAGCUUUGCUCGACUGAGCACUUACAAGAACUAGACUACAACUUUAAUAAGGCAUGAUGCUGCCAAUAUGACUGGCCUAAAAUACACAAGAAACCAUGAGAGUUAGAGAUAAAGACUUAGAUCCAUUGAUGUUUUUUUUUUUAUAUUCAGAGUUUUCAACAUAGCUGGUUAUUGGUUUUAUUAAUAUUGUGUAGCAAUAAACAGCACCUUUUGGUGGGGCUAUAAAAUAAAGCACACAACAAUGGUAUAUUCACAGGUAUAGUCACAGUUAAAAAAAAUAUAUAUAGUCAGAGUAAUUACUCAACUUUUAAAAUAGCCUAACUUAUGUAACUCUAAAUGUAAAACCCAAAACAAACAUGGCAAGAAUUCAGAUUGCAAAAACAAAUGACCAUAAAUACAACACACACAACAGCAAUCAUUAGUAUUAUUAUCUGCAAACUAUUAUUUUACUUAAAUAAUUAAAUCUGUUCUGCAUAUUUCUUAUCAAACAAUUAAACAACUUUCAAUAUCAAAAAGGUAAUAUCAGUCCAUCUCCACUGUACUAGUCCGUUCUCACACAAUCCUCAUAUGACUAUCUACUCUAACAAACAAGAGCUGGUUGGUGCCAAAAGUAUUUUGUCAUUACACUGUCCAAACUAAAAAGGCAAAAUGCCUUAAAAUGGGCAGACAGGAGCCAGGAGGCCCAUGGUGAAGGUUUUGCUAAAUGUGGCCCUGCCCAGGACAGUCCCAGUAUCACAAGCAUUGCCUGGGUGAUCAUCCACAAAAAUACAAAUAUAUCCUGUUUGUACUUGCUCACUGAAAUCAAUUUAAGAAUCCUCAAUGUCAUUCUAGCUAUUAACACUGGUUUUUACUUUAAACAGGAUGAGAAGUGACGAAGAAGCUGAUAUGAGCAAUCGAGGAUGCUUUCAUUUUAGAAAAGUACUUCAGCAAUUCAGAUUGCAAUGCAUAUUUUUGCAAACCAAUAACAAUAAAGUCCUAGUGCAAGCAGCUUCAGCUACUGUUUUGUUAUAUUGGUAAUGUUUAAGCAUCUUCCAAAAACAUAAGAGUAAUGGUUUAGAAAUGCUGAUGCCAUUGCUAAAACAUCAAUACAAUAAAUAUGAUCAUAUGUAAUAAGAA